CCAAGCAAGCUUUCUCUAUAAUGGAGCAUGGUCGCCUGAAACAGACACAAUCCUAGUGGACACCUUGUUGCGGCUGAAACGAGAAAUGGGAUGGGUUUUGAAGGAGUUCCCUAUCUAUUUUCUCAUUACAGCUGGCCGAGAGAUUGAGAAGAGGUUUGGUGUUCGCUUCUUGGAAGAGGAGCUUUCAGCCCGUGUCCAGGCGCUGCACACUCGAUAUCUCACCUUCAAGGAGGUGGUCAGACAGCCAGGGGCACGCUGGGAUUUCCCGACUAAGUCGGUGACCGCACCCGAGAAUGUUUGGCAGAAGCUAUGCACGCGAAACCCAUUCGCCUUAGCCUACUACCACGAAGAGGAGCCACAUCACCGUAAGCUUGCAUGUUUAUUUGGCAUGGAUGAUGUCAAAGUGGAGGACGAGAAGGAAGUGAUUCUCCUUUCGGAUGGGUCGGUGACCUUGUCCCACGAUGAGCCUAGCUGCUACGAGGUGUCCAGAGCCAUGGAGGAAGUUAACUCCCCUGUGGUUAUCCCACCGGUCACCGCAAGGCGUAAGCUUUUUGGGGGGAUAGAGGAGCCCGAAGACAGAGAAUCAACAACCGAACUGGGAAUAUAUUUCAUUGAUGUGACUUCGGAUGGCCAUUUGCGGACUAGACUGGAAAAGGAUAGGUCCUUGCCAAAAAAACCAUCGAUGGCCAAUGGCGAAGCAAGCACGUCUGUGAGGGUUUCCCACGGAAGCUCAUGUGGUUCCAACUCCCCUAAUAGCUGGUGGCCGAAACUUAAAAACUAAAAUUAGCGUUAUUAUGGGUCUAUAAGUGCACGUCCACCUCUCGUGUUUUGCCUUUUUUCUAUGGACUGUUUUUUGUUAAUCCUAUGGGAAGCAAAGUUCGUGAUUGCAUAAUCCCAGUUAGAGAAGUAUAAU